AUGGUAGAGUUUGCCAUCAACAACUCGGUGCAUGCGUCCACGACACAUACACCGUUUUACGUGAAUGGCUUGCGCCAUCCGCGUGUACCCACCUUACUAGAGUGUAACUCUGGUUUAAGGGGGGGAGGGACUCGCGCGAGCAAAAACCGAUUUGGUUCACGCUCAUCACGCUCUGACGAAGAAGUCAUUGCGUUUGAUGCCGAUAUCGAUAACAUCGAUAUCGAACAAGAUGAUGCCAGUGAGAGUGCGGAAGCCCUCACUGAAGAAGAUGAUCCCAGUGAGAUGCGGAAGCCCUCACUGAAGAAAAGGUUGAUGUUGCCGCAGUGCGCUCACAGCGCACUGAAGCUAACGAGUCAUCAGAUGAGUUCAUACUGGCUCGUGAAACGGUAG